CGCCUCUUGUGCACUACGCGCGGCGCGCAUUCGAGCGCAGGUCUGAUGCUGUUUAUCGCGCGCACUGAUACUACUGAUACUUAACGGACACAAAGCCAGGAAUAAAAGCACUAUAAAAUGUGGAAAGCUGUGGUGGGACAUGAUGUUAGUGUGAAGGUCGAAUCAGAGGGGGACGAUUGGGACACAGAUCCAAAUUUUGAGAAUGAUGUUUCAGAGCAGGAGCAGAGAUGGGGUGCUAGAACCAUAGAAGGAUCAGGCCGAAAAGAACACAUCAGCAUUGCAGAUCUCAGGCAGAAUGUGUCUCGGGAACAUGAGGUGGUUAAGAAGAAAGAGAUGGACCAGGGCCCUAAAGCCUCUUACGGCUACGGAGGGAAAUUUGGAGUUGAGAAAGACAGAAUGGACAAGGGUGCUUUAGGACACAACUAUGUGGCGGACGUAGAACAGCACUCAUCCCAGAAAGAUGGAGCAAAGGGUUUUGGGGGGAAAUAUGGUGUUCAGAAGGACCGUGUGGACAAGUCUGCCAUGAGCUAUGAGUAUAAGGGUGAGGUUCAGCAGCAUGCAUCUCAGAAAGAUUACGCUAAAGGUUUUGGUGGCAAGUACGGUGUACAGAAAGAGAGAGUUGACAAGGCUGCUUUGGGUUACGACUACAAAGGCGAGACUGAGAAACAUCAGUCACAGAAAGACUACUCAAAGGGCUUUGGAGGAAAAUACGGAGUGGAAAAAGAAAAGGUUGACAAGGCUGCUUUGGGUUACGACUAUAAAGGAGAAACGGAGAAACAUCAGUCACAGAAAGACUACUCAAAGGGCUUUGGGGGAAAAUACGGCGUGGAAAAAGAAAAGGUUGACAAGGCUGCUUUGGGUUACGACUACAAAGGAGAAACCGAGAAACAUCAGUCACAGAAAGACUAUGCAAAGGGUUUUGGAGGACGUUAUGGAGUCGAAGCAGAUCGCAUGGACAAGAGUGCAGCUUCCUUCAGUGAGAUGGAGUCACCAUCAUCAGCUUAUGAAAAGCCUCAAGCUUUCGAGGCCUCAACUGUUGGAGCUGGAAACCUUAAGGCUCGGUUUGAGAACAUGGCGAAGUCCUCGGAUGAAGAGAACAGGAAGAGAGCCGAGGAGGAGAGAGCCAGAAGACUCGCUAGAGAGAAGAGAGAACGUGAAGAGGCACAUCGCAAACAGGAGGAGAAGAGCGAGCAUGAAGAGGAGGAAGAGAAUCAGAGACCUCCAUCUGUGCCAGCACCCCGGAAUCCUCCAGAGGCGUUGUUCAGAAGACUGCCUGAAAUUCCCAGAGAUGAACCAGAGACAGAAGCUCAGGUGGAGGAGCAGCCGGACUAUGAGGAGCCGCCAUCUCUUCCGCCCCGCUCAGAUGACCUGAUUGAAGAGGAAGAGGAGGAGCAAACGUAUUCUGAAUGUAAUCCUGACCCCAUACCUCAGGACCAAGAUUAUGAGGAUAUUAGCUCAUGCACUCUCGCAGUUGCUGUUGAGAAUGAUUAUGAAGAUCUAAGUGGAGGGGGAAAUACAGCCAAAGCCAUUUAUGACUACCAAGGAGAGGCCAGUGAUGAGAUCUCCUUCAUGCCAGAUGACAUCAUCACUAACAUUGAGAUGGUGGAUGAGGGUUGGUGGAAAGGAACGUGUCAUGGUCGCACAGGCCUGUUUCCUUCCACCUUUGUGGAGCUUAUGUAGUUACUAAUAAUCAAUGAUCAAAUCUAUGUUUUUUAGCCACUUGCAGACAAUUCUCUUUUAUUUCAUUUUUCUGACAUACAAGUGCAAUAUACUAACAUGUUUUAAUGAGCCUGUAUCUAUUAACUGAACAACAUUUUCCUUUCAA